AUGGAUAAUCAAUCCAUUAUAUCUGAUUUUAUGCUUUUUGACAUCACAGAGAUAGAAGAAUUGAAGAUGUUUUACUUCUUUGUUUUCACUGUGUUGUACUUGGCAGUUCUGACAGGGAAUCUCCUCAUCAUCUCUGCAAUACUUUGUGACCAACGUCUCCACAAUCCCAUGUACUUCUUCCUGAUGAACUUGGCCAUACAAGACCUUGGUGUUAUUUCUGUCAUUGUCCCUAAAUCCAUAGCCAAUAUACUCAUGAACACGAGACAUAUUUCUUAUUUUGGAUGUGUUUGUCAAGUUUUCCUUUUUGCCUUUUUUAUGGGUUCUGAUUUUUGGAUCCUCACAGUCAUGGCUUAUGAUCGCUAUGUUGCCAUUUGCAAUCCAUUACACUAUGAAACAAUAAUGAACAAACAAGCCUGCAUUUACAUGAUUCUCGCUGUGUGGGUCAGCAGCCUUAUUAAUGCAUUGUUGAAUACUUGUUUUACCUUUGCAGCUCCUUUUUGUUCCAAUACUAUCAAUCAGAUUUUCUGUGAAAUCCCACAGUUACUUAAACUCACCUGCAUGGAUUUAAAUCAAAAUGAAAUCAAAUUAAUUGUUGUAAUUUGUAUCUUGGGCAUAGGUUGCUUUGUCUAUAUUCUUAUUACUUAUGUGUCUGUUUUCGAUGCCGUUCUCAAAAUUCCCUCAAAGGAAGGAAGGAAAAAAGCUUUCUCCACUUGUUUACCCCAUCUGUUUGUUGUUUCAAUAUUUCUUCUAUCUGCAUCAAUUGCAUAUAUGAAAGUACCCUCCGGUGUACAGGAUUUAGCAACAACUGUACUAUAUUGUUUUAUCCCUCCUUUAUUGAAUCCUCUCAUUUAUAGUAUGAGAAACAAGGACAUCAGGUUUGCCCUGUCAAAACUAUUAAAAAUGGGAAACCUUUCCUAG